AUGGUAGUCAAAGUAUACAUCAGUGGUAUUUCCGGAAACAAGGAGGUAAAAAAGAGACAACAACGUGUAUUAAUGAUACUAGAUUCAAAAAACAUUAAAUAUGAAAUUAUUGACAUAACGGAACCCGGGCGUGAAGACGAUAAAGAUUUUAUGCAAAACAAUUCUAAGUCGAAUGGAGGAACCGUCAGCGAUCCCAACCCUCGCUCGCCACUCCCGCCGCAGCUCUUUAACGAUGACGAAUAUUGUGGAGAUUAUGAUCAAUUCGAUUUGGCAAAUGAAGUUGAUACUUUGGAACAGUUUUUAAAAGUUGAAGUUCCACCAGAAGUAGCACCAGCACAAGAAAAGAUAGAGCUUACGGUCCCUUGGGAAACCAACAUCCCCAAAGACCAUACCAUCAAGGUCAACAAAUAUUACGAGCUCACAAACGAACUCACUCGAAAUAGGUUCGUAGUAGAUUUGUACGCGGUAGAGGUGGGAGCGAGAGGUAUAACAGCGAAAUCUCUCUAUAACCUACUAAAGGACUUAGGCUUGUCCAGAACUCACAUUAAUGCAUUCUUGGAACGUACAUCGAAGGCAGCCCUAGUAGGUUCUUUUCAAAUUUGGUUAGGUAGGGAGAGGAGCUUGGACAGUGGAGGUGAGCGUAUAACGCGCACCAAUGCUGUAAAUGGAGUGAUCCAACAAAAUGAAGAUCAGAAUGAAUCAAAAGAUGAGGAAAAAAUGGAUAAUUUGACUGCUGAAUCUACAACACAGCCGGCCGAUGCUGACGCCAAUAAUAGCAGUAACGAUGUUGAGGAAAAUUCAGUAGAGGACAAAACAAUAGAUAAGGAACCAUCUCCAGUUAGACAACAAUCUCAAGAGAAACCUGUCGAAGAGACUGAAAACGAAUCUAAAGUGAUCUCAAAAGAAAAUACACCUCUAAAAGAUGAUGGUGUGAAUGAAAAUGGAGCUGCGGCCUCCCGCGAGCAAUCUGCAGAAAAGGAACAAGUUAAUGAAAAAGAUAAUUUGUCCGAAGCACUUAUUGAAAGUGAAAAAAUAGCUGCCAGUGAUUAG